AAGCCGAGCACGGUUACGCCUCCAUGUUACCGUACGGGAACAAGGACCGGGACGCCUUGAAACGGAGGAGCAGAUCCAAGAAGAGCAGCAGCAGCAGCAGAUCAACUCACAAUGAAAUGGAGAAGAAUAGGCGGGCUCAUCUUCGCUUGUGCCUGGAGAAGUUGAAGGGGUUGGUGCCACUUGGGCCUGAAUCCAGUCGACACACUACAUUGAGUUUGUUAACAAAAGCCAAAUUGCACAUAAAGAAACUUGAAGACUGUGACAGGAAAGCCAUUCACCAAAUAGACCAGCUUCAGCGCGAGCAGCGACACCUGAAGAGGCAGCUGGAGAAGCUGGGCAUUGAGAGGAUACGGAUGGACAGCAUCGGCUCCACCGUCUCCUCAGAGCGCUCGGACUCCGACAGGGAAGAAAUCGACGUGGAUGUAGAGAGCACAGACUAUCUCACGGGGGAUCUGGACUGGAGCAGCAGCAGCGUGAGUGAUUCUGAUGAGCGGGGCAGCAUGCAGAGCCUCGGCAGUGACGAGGGCUACGCCAGCUCCGGCAUCAAGAGAAUAAAGCUGCAGGACAGUCGCAAGACGUGUCUGGGGCUAUAAGAGCGCGCUCGCCGGCUGCCUCCCGAUGGCUGUCCUGUCCGUGUCGGAUCUGAUUAGGUAGUGUAUGGGACCUGCCCGCAACGCCCUUGCACGUCAGCUCCAGUGUACCACCUGUACCAAAUCAGCUUUGUAAACGUUUUCAAGGAAGCACGUAAGAGUGUGGGUUUCUGAUUGCAUCCACUAGCUUCUGUCUCUCCCUAAAAAUUCGACUCUGAGAGACCGUACAUUCCAAUCAAUUCAAAGCACCCAAGAAUUCUUAGACUGAAUAAGCAAUUGUCACAUCUCAGCAACUUUGCCCUCUCCUUUACUGUCCUCAUAGAGUUAAAGUUUUCUGGCUUACUGUGUUACUUGCCUAGGAGAAAUGUCCAAGUGUGUCUCGUGCUUAGGAAACUGAAGGAAACAAACUUUCUCGAAGUUGAGAUCCUGGUCUCAGACUCCAAAGUAAGCUUUGAAAGCAGAAUUUAAGAGCACUUAACCACGGACCUCACCCAGUGAGGAAGUCAGGAAUACCUCCAGCCAGCACCCCUCCACACACACCCCGUCAUCCCGCCCUGCCGCUGCCUGUGGAGGGGAACAGUAUUCUCACUUUAACACGGACACCUUGGCAGCGUGGCCCUGGGGUCGCACAGCUUAGAAAAGUUCCAGCGUUGUUUGUUCUUGCAGACAAAACGGUACAAUCUCUCUGUGCGAGCUGUUCUUGGGACCUUGCUGUGUGCUGCCGUCUCCAGGCGCAUUCCCCCCUCCGGCUUUGUCAGUGCUACUUGUCUCUGGAACAUUUUUUUUUCCUACCUCAGAGAUAAAUGAGAUCUCAUUUCCCACGUAACAAAAGUGAUUAUGCCUCUUUUUUUUUUUUUUUUUCCAAAUAAGUGACAUUUGGUCCAAUUCCAAUCUAUUUUCCUAUGUAACUUUCAGCAAUAACUGAGCUUAGGCGCUAGCUGAGCUAGUGGCCAUCGUCAGUGAAAGAAGUCCACAUUGCCGCUCCGUGUUGUAGGGGACAGGAGGGGGUUGCACGGUGUCACUAGAGUCUCUCUCCUGAUGGGCUCUUUUUGGAUACACCUGGAAACUUCUUUAUGGAGACUUUUGGGUUGACAGUUUAAAAGGCUGAUUUUUUUUUUUCUUUUUGGCUAUGAUUUCUCCCUAAAGUGGUCUCCCACUUUGUAGCAUUUUUAUUUAAGCUAAAACAGAGCACAUGUAUAUGUACAUAAGACACAUUAAAUCUAUAAAUACUAUUUAUUCAUUUUAUAUAAACUAAUGUAAUGGAAAAUAAAUUCUUAUGACUUUGUGCUUUUAUAGAUGUUCUAGAAACUUUGUAUGUAGGUAUCUACAAAAUCGGUUCAUCCCCCCCUGAAUAUUUUUGCAUUCACAUUUUGGAGGUCUUGAUGUUUUCAGCCUCUCGUGAAUCUUUUUCAUCGAGUUUGAACCGUUUGUAAAAACCUGUGACGCUGAAGCAGAGGGUGUGUCACAAAGCGAUGGAACAUUCCUAAAAUCCACAGAUGCGCUGCAACCCAAGGGCUCAAUGGCUGACUCAGCAGGGGCGGCCGCCCUGCGCGGCCCUCCCGCCUGCGGUCACUCGGUCAUCCGCACACGGCAGCCUCACAGCUCAUGCAGGCUGCACUUUUCACAAAGUCAAGUUCAAACGCACUCUAUGUGGGAGCUCGUUCUCUACAUGAAGAGCAAUCUGAACAAAGCAAGAUCACUUUUGUGGGUAUUUUUUUAAAUGAUUCUUCAAUGUAUUUAAAAAAACAUUUUUAAUUGGAAGUUGUGGACUCCUAAAAAAAAUUCCAAAGUCAUCUGUAAUUCUGUUUUUGGUUUUGUUCUGGUUUUUUUCUUCAUUUUGGCUUUGGGCGGGGGGCGGGGUGGUGACACAAAAGUGUUUCUUUUUUUUUUUUUUUGGAAUUGUUGGAAUCUUUUCCAAUUACCAGCUGAAGAUUUGCACUGAAAUACAACUUGUAUGCCUUUUUGCAUUUUUAAAGCCUGCUUCCUGAAUUUAAGCAGAAUGAUAGUGUUCAAAGAGCCAGCUCAGCCUGUAACAUGUUUGAAGAAGAUAUAUCUGCACUUUGAGGUCCCUUACGAAUGCCAUUUGCUAGACCUCACAAGCAUUUUGUUUAAUUGCUACAUCCAAGCGCCUCACAAGUCCAUAAUGCUGGAUGCCUUAUGGCAUUGGAAACUCAAAACUUGGGGAAAAGCUUGUGGGCUUGCUUUGGGGGAGGGAAGGGAACACAGUUGUACUUGUUUGUUUAGUUUAGAAAAAAGGCACCUAAGAGAUGCCGUUAUUUUCUGUGUUUCGAUUGUUGUGCCUUUGAGUUAAAUUGCAUUUUUGUCUUUUGGUUGAAAUAUAAAAUGUACUGUCCCAAUAUAAAACCGUAAUUAUUUGACCUCUGCA